AUGGAUCAAAUUUGGAGAAAUUUACCACCUAUUACCAAAUCAUGGUGUGUUUCAAUAGCAACUACAAGUGCACUUAUGUCAACUAACAGGUUUAAACUUAUGAAUUUGAUUUUCCUUCCGGAUAAAGCUUUCAGUAAUCAAACAUGGAGAUUAAUUACUUCAUUUUGUACAUUUGAUGAAUUAUCAAUGCAAUUAUUAUUUGAAUUAUUCUUGGUAAGUGAUUCUUGUGGUAAAGUAGAAGAAUCAUUUUCUACAAAUCCUGCAUUAAUACCAGAACGAAUAAUUGAUAAUUUCAAUGAUAAUCAACGGGAAGUAUUAAAUGUAUAUAUUGAACGAAACCGUGCCAUUGAUUUCUUGUAUUAUUUUGUUCAAUUAGGUGUUUCUAUAAUAAUUGGAGCAAGCUUAAUCCAUUAUAAAUUGGGUUUAACAAUUGCUUCAUUAGGAGCAGUAAUGUGUCGUGUUUUAAUUUAUAUUGAUGCCCAAAAUAGUCCUGAUGAAUUGAUUAAUAUUAUGGGAUUUUUCACAUUUAAAAAAGCAUAUUAUCCAUGGAUUGAAGCUAUUUUAACCAUUUCUUUAAAAGGUGGAUUAGAUGAAGAAUUUUCAAACUUCGUGAAUGGGACUUAUAUCAUUCCUCGUAGUCUUAUGGUGUGGUUUUAUUUAUUGAUUUUUACAGUGGGGCAUUUUUGGUGGAGUACCAGAGAUCUUUUAUUGCCAGCGGUUCAUCAUUAUGAUAAUAAUGAAAGAAGAAGAAAAUUGAAAAGGCAAGCAUUGAAUAAAUCAGGUGUUUACAAAAUAGAUGUUGUUAAAGAAGUUUUGUCAUGGUUGUUAUUACCUCCUUGGUAUUGGUUUAUCCUUCGAGAAAUCAAAAACAGAAGAAACUAG